ACUAUACAGUUUACAAGAGAAACAUUACAACCAACUGGUGAUAAUCCAGUUGUCGGUUACAUCAGACAUCCAUAUAUCCGUCAGCCACAACUGGAAAGGACUGACUACUUGUUUGUUUCUAUUACAAUCGUGGAGGUCACUACUGGUCAGCUUGUAGACAACGGGUCGGUUGACCACAACAACCUGGUUUACAAUUUACAAGAGGGUGAACAACUUCCUCCUUUGGCUACCACAGAACCAGAAGGGUUUGACUCCAGUCAAGACAGUGAUAAAAGUGAUACUGUUAUAGUCGAACCAAGCAAAAACGCUGCAGACGAUAACCCCAGUCACUUUAACAGAGUUGAGGCUGAGUUGCGCAAAGAAACAGAAUUUCACCGCAUACAAAUACCAGAAGACGAAGCAGCCCUGCUGUCUGACAACGAUCUCCCUUCUCCUCCACUUUCACUUUGUCAAGAGUCACAAUUAGGGACUGUUGAAGAUUGUUUAUCAGCUUUUCCUUUAACACCUUCAAGAGAUUCAGAGUGUCAUCUUGAUUCGACAGAGCAUAUUGUUGACGAAGUUGCUGGAAGUGAUUUAUUGCCAACAGACCAAGUGGAAACAAUACCCAGCUAUUGUUUAGAAGUUGAAACAGAACAGAAACCAAGGGAGUUUUCAGAUAAAGGAAGAGAUUUUAUUUUAGACCAGCCGUCUAAUUCACCCUCAUCAAAAUCCUUUGGUUUUACAGAGGACUGUGGAAAAAAGGAAUUUAUUGUGGAAGACUUGGGACAGGAUCUUAGAACAUUGGUUCACACAAUUCCAGAAGACACUCUCAGUGGUAUAUCUGAAAUCAAAGAGGCACCUGUGCCAUUUAACCCUAACAAGCAGGCAUCUCAGCCAUUUGUGCUUGAGGAAGAAUUGACUGAGUCGCCUGACUUAAAGGAAGCAUUAAUUGAUUCUUCUAACGUUGAGGAAGAAGUAACAGUGUCAUUUGACCUAGAAAAAGAGGUCUGCGGAUCACUUCACGUUCAGAAAAAAGUGACUAGAUCAACUGACAUUCAGGCAGAAACUAUUGAUUCAUCUAAUUUUGAGAAGGGGAUUCCUGACUCCACUGAAUCACCUACCAUUCUCAAUUCACAAUCACAACUUUCUUUUACAGAAUAUCACGUGACAGCUAACCCUGAGUACACAACAGUUAGUCAACUAUCAGACAAAAAGGAUUCCAGUAACUUUUACACGGAUUCUACAGUACCAGCAACUCUCAUCGAUUUGUCAAAUCAUUUGCCAGAAAAUACUUAUCGAGAUUCGAUUAUUUCCAGUGAAUCUGUACCAUCAAAACACUCAUCAACACCAACAAAUUCAAUAGGGGAGUCUGUGAACUGUACCACUAUCGAUAAUAAUACUAAUAAAACUCUGAAAGAAUUAACGUGUGAUACAUCAAUGGGUACCACAGUCGGUGUGUCUGAUAUCAUGGCUGAUCAUUCAGACAUCAAGGAGUUGUGCACUUCUUAUCAGUAUGAAGCUGAGAAUACACCAUCUCAAAGUUCGUUGGGGCAUUUUGGAGAUAUGAAUGAAAUGCCUAGUCAUACGGAAUAUCGAACAAGUUUGGAUGAAGCGGAUGAUGACUUAUCCGUUGAUGUGAAAGGCACCAACGAGAAUCCCGGUUAUCAUGCCAAUGAAGACGAAGAGGAUGAUGUUGCAAAUGAUCAGUCGGAGUAUACAAAUUUGAAAACCGAAGAGAGUUAUGGCACUUUUGUUAGCAAUCCAUCUCAAUUACAACAAGAUACUAUCAAUAAUGAGAGUGUAAACAAAGUAAUUAAAAAGGAAGUUUCCAAUCAAUCGAUAAAAAAUAUAACUGGCGGAAAUAAUGACUGCUUGAAGAGCAAAAAUGAUGAUGGUCAUCCGAAGAUGACAUUUAAUCAAAUUAGAGAAGAUUUAGAGAAAAAGAAUGUGGUCGGUUCUUACAACCUCUACCUCCUGAACAAUAUAUCAUGCAUCAACAGGCUGGGUGAUUCGACAACAAGAGAUGGUGGUUUUAAAUCCACAGAUUGGAGAAGUGUUAAAUAA